AUGAAUUCGGCGCGGCAGGUUCCUCGGGUCGUGCCCGGUGCUGCAUUUAGGGCAUCUGCUUUGCGAAACUCGCAAUGCACGCCGCCAUCACAAUAUCGGCCUCUUUCAUUCCGGGCGGUGCGGCUUAGCGCUUCCGAAGCUCCUAUACACCCACUCCCCCCACUAUCCCAGCGACAACCUCUUCUUCGAUCGACCCUCUCCGUGACUACCGCGAGGCUAAACUGUGUUUCACACAGCACCGCACGGCCAUUCCAUAUCUCGAGCCAAGCACAACAAAAGGUGCCGACGGAUAAGGAGAGCACGACAGCACCGCAAAACAAGCAGGGUGGACGGCCGGAGAACCUAGAUUCCAAGGAGGAGGUCAAGGAGGAGAUCAAGGAGGAAACGAAAGAGGAGACCAAAGAGGAGGCUAAGGAGGAGAAAGAGGGGGAGGAGAAUGCUGAAGGCAAGGAGAAAGAGAAGAAGGAGGACUCUCCGCCCCCACCACCCCACGGCGACAAGACUCCGUGGCAGGUAUUCCUGGACACCAUGCAAACCGAGCUCAAGCAGUCCAAGGAAUGGAACGAGUCGACCAAGGCGCUCGCCUCUUCCGCGAACGAGUUCGUCGAGAGCGAGUCAGUCCGCAAGGCCCGUCAAGCCUACGAAGCCACCUCUGGCGCUGUUUCCUCCACCGCCGCGAAGGCGGUCAAAUCUACGGCCGGCGCUAUCGGCAAGGGCGCAUCAUGGACCUGGGAAACCCCUGUCAUGAAGGGCGUGCGGAAGGGUGCGAAUAAGACGGGUGAGGCGUUGGACAAGGCUACGAAGCCGAUUAGGGAUACCGAAGCGUACAAAAAUGUCAAGAAUGUCAUUGACGACGGCAGCAGCUCCAGGUAUGGUGGGUGGGUCGACAAGGAAGAGCGCAAGAGACGGAGAGAGCUGCGAGAGCAGAUGGACAAGAAGAACGGUGUUGACAACACCAUUUAUGAAGAGGAUCCCAACGCCGGGACGAACGUCACGGUCCACAAGGACGCUGCCUGGAAGGAAGCGUGGAGGGACUUCCGGGACCAAAACAAGUUUGUCCAAGGCAUCUUUGGGAUGAAGUCGGUUUACCAAGAAUCCGAGAAUCCUCUGAUCUCCACUGCCCGGAGCAUCACCGAUAGAUUCGCCGGCUUUUUUGCCGAGAACGAGACUGCCAUGGUCAUCAAGAAGCUUCGUACCAUGGAUCCGGCCUUCAAGCUGGAGCCAUUCCUCCAAGAGCUCCGGGAGUACAUCCUUCCCGAAGUUCUGGACGCCUACGUCAAGGGAGACGUGGAGACGUUGAAGCUGUGGCUGUCAGAAGCCCAGUAUUCGGUCUAUGAGGCAUUGACGAAGCAGUAUCUCCAGGCUGGUCUCAAGUCUGACGGCAAGAUUCUCGACAUACGUGGCGUGGACAUUCUCCGCGCGCGUAUGCUGGAUCCCGGCGAGAUCCCAGUGUUCAUCGUCACCUGCAGGACCCAGGAGGUUCACGUUUACCGGAAGGCCAAGACCGGCGAGCUGGCGGCAGGCAUGGAGGAUAAGGUCCAACUUGUCACUUACGCCAUCGGAGUUACCCGCAUUGCAGAGGACGUCAACAAUCCCGAAACCAGGGGGUGGCGGUUGAUCGAAAUGCAGAAGAGCGGCCGGGACUACAUCUAA